AUGUCGUUGCGAGAACCUGAUCUUGUUUCACCAGCCUGUCGAUCGUUCGUCUGUUUCGACUCUUUGAGAUGCCUAGAGAUGGGCUUCGCCGAAAUCUUAGGACUCAACCUUGUACAUCUCCAGCCAUCAGAGUGGUCUCCCGCAUUCCUGGGCGGCUCCCGAUCGAGCGUCUUGUCGCCUUCGCCCGGCGACCGUAUGAAAGCUCUGCUGGGUCGUGGACAAACAAGGGGCUGUGCUCGGAUUGGAAGUGCCUCCGUUCUCAUCGCCAACCAAGCCUCUGAAGUCGGCUGGCAGCUCCAGCUUGGGCUUGGGCCAGGCUUGGCAAACACGCCGGGAAGGGAAUCUGGGAACGAUUUCCAUCCUUUGCGUCCAUCGCUUGGUUGCAGGUCACUGGAAAAAGAGGCUAGCGCGGCGCGAGAACCGGAGAUUAUAGUGGAGUGGGACCGAUAA